UUUGAAUGAAUUGGUAAACAAACGACUAUUUGAUCUCAAGAUUGACUGAUUGGUAAGCGAUGAACGGAUCCGUUGGUGUGAACGACAUGAGUGCCGACAACGAGACCAUCGAUGAGACACUGAAUCCGAGCGACCACUCAAUGCACAGUCAAUGCGGCGAUGAAUGCAUUGAAUUACUCAUCAAUUAUAGGAAAUGUUUGCUUCAAUUCAAGACUCAAUGCAAAUGCGGUGACAAUCAGUUCAACCGAUUCGUGGUCUCACUUCUGGAGAAGGAGUGGAAGUCAUUGCACAUCAAACGCACCACCGAUGAGACAUCUGCGCGUCCAUCACAGGCACCAUCGCAUUCAACGCCCAACAGGUCAUCGGUGGGCCCACAAGACAUCGAGGAUUAUCUGCAUAUAUCACUACAAACCAAUUCACACGAUGUCUCUGUCAAUGAUGGCUACGAAUUCAAUGCUCACAUCGACCGCAAGCCUGUCGUCAAAGAUAGUCUGUAUUACAACAGUGCCAUCAGUGAAGACUAUGUAUUACUGCCACUCAUGAGUAGUCACUCGGAAGCAGACAAUACCGAUGAGACAGUCGACGAAGUAGUAGAUCCAAACGUCACGAGAUCCGCGAGGAGUCAACAAACCGAUGGACAACCAUUUAAGACAAUCAGUCAACGCAUCCAAAGAGGAGAUAAUAGAGUGAAAUGUCUGGAAAUGGGAUGUGAUAUGAGUUUUAUCUCAAACUACAAACUCGAUGAACACGUGAAGAGAGUGCACCCGAACGCCNGAUUAUAUCACCAUUUGUAA